UGUUCUUUGAAAUAACUAAAUAUUUCUUUGGUUCGAUGAAUUCUUUUAUCUCGGCGUAAGGAGAUGAAGGAAUUAUUUAGUGAAAUUUAUUUCCUCGAGUGGAAGUUUGACUUUUGACCAUUUUUGAGGAAAUGUUUGGAUUCCCUUAUCGCGGUUUUUUGAAUUUGAACGGCCGAAAAAUUCCCGAGUGUAUAUAUGUUGCAAAACAAGGAUUCGCCAUCUCAUUUGCAUAAUCAUGGACUUUCUGAUGCAGAAACAAAAAUAGGCUGUUUCGUAGAUAACGAAACACAACGGGAUUUUAUGUAAAAAUAUCAGCGGAUCGCAUGUUUAGGAUACUUUAGCGAUGUCAAUAAUUGCAGAGAGGCCACGUCUCGGUUUUUCAAAUGUUCCCUCGAAAUUCGUACAAGUAAACCUUGUUUUCAGAUACACUUUAUAAUCGACAAGUUGCAUUCAAGACUAGUCUUGGGAUGUCGAGUAAAUUAUUCAUUACUUGCCGGUUUUAGAAGCUCUUGACGUCAUGCUUGGGGCAAAACUCGUUUUCUAGAAUCUGUCAAUCGAUUCCUUUUUUUCAUAACAGUGGAGAAUAUCAUUCAAGUCAUGAUAAAUCUCCAUCGUAAAAAUUCCUCUGGCCUUUUUCUUGCCCUCCGGCAAUUUUUUUCCCUUGAAAAUUGCAUAAUUUCGUUACUAAGUUACACGAUUCUUUAAGAUUGUGCAAAAAAUUGGUCAGAGAGGUUUACGAUGAUUGAAGACUGUCUGUUUUAUAAAAUCUAAAUUAUACCCUUGUUACUGAACAGCGGUUAAUGAUCUUGACGGUAGAGAUUAUAAAUUCAGCAGAAAUUAUUAAAUUUAAUAUCACAACUCUGUUUAACUUAAAUUAGCUGCCGAGUAUGAUAUGGACAAUGUAAUUUUUUGCAAUUGAUUAAUGCUUAAAGUUAACCAAUGAUUGAGUACGUAAAUUUACAUGGGCGUUUUUAUCAGUGCACCGUCUUUGAGAGUGCAAAGUUAUUUUGUGGGAGAACACAACUCGAAAUUUGUUAAAUCUACUUUGGGGAAAUUCAGGGUACUUCGGCCUCGUCAUCAUGCUUUUGUAUAUAAUAAUCUCCAUACCGUUGUGCAGGCAUUUUCCACUGACGAACUUUGAAAUCCGUUCAGUUCUUAGCAUUGCGUACCCGGAAACUGCUUCAUGAAUAAUUACGGACAAUUGGAGCUAUAGUACAGAGAAAAACGCAUUUACGUCGCUCUUCGGUAUCUCUGCCAUCUAAACGAUCGAUGCACAUACGUUUCCAGGAUCAUUUACGGAAAAUUUCUAAGUUUCCCGGUUUCACCUUUAAAUACCAUUCCUUCGCUUUCACUCAAACUCGAAGUCGGUAAUUACCGAAUUCUUCAUGGAAAAGGACCAUGAAAAUUAUUAUCAAUAAUCCGGGGAAAUUAACGGACAGAAGUAUGUCCGCAUCUAAUCGUAACUCUAGUCUAAUCAAUUAUAUUCAUCGAGCGUAAUCGAUAAAUCGAGGGUCUCGCCUCGUGAUUCACUCCAUUGACAGGUGUAUAUUUAUGUUUCUUCCUAAUGAUAACGCCGACCUCCUUUUUAUUCCCUUUUUUAUCAGCCUGAUUUUGACUCGAGCGGGUAUCGCUCUUUCUAACGAUGUUCCCUUCCUUUUUACACGUGUAUCGAGUGGUGCCAUUAGAUCGCUGAAUAAGGAAGCAUUUUCGUAGUUGAAUUGGUGUUCAAACCGAAAGCGGCCUUGCGGAGGCGAACACGGUGGGGAAAGAUCACUAUAUAAGAGAGACGCCGAAGAACGACAGUCUUGCAUUUCCCUAGAUCGGAUCGCAGACCGGUAGUGAAAUCUCGAAAACGCGUCAUUCUCGACCCGGAGUGCGUUUACGUGGCUAUUACGUGGUGACAUAAUAUCCGGAAACCGUCAGGAAAAAAAAAGGAAGUGAAUUAAGUCGGCGCGAAUAUUUUCCCAACAGACGACAUGACGGUAUUCGAGGAGAUUCCCACAUUCGACCCUUCGGAAAUUCGAACACCCAUUCAGGAAUUUUAUUCAGGGCAAAAUGUUUUCAUCACAGGGGGUACUGGAUUUUUGGGGAAGAUACUGAUCGAAAAGCUUCUGAGAAGCUGCUCAGACCUCACGUCUCUUUAUCUUCUGGUUCGGUCUAAAAAAGGAAAAAACGUUCAUAGCCGAAUCGACGACAUUUUCGACGACCCGAUAUUCGAUAGAUUGAGAAAGGAGGUUCCAAAAUUUCGCCAUAGGGUAUUCACGGUGACAGGGGAUUGCUCCUUCCCAGGACUAGGAUUAUCUUCUUCCGAUAAGGACUUGCUGAUGAGAGAGGUAUCGAUUGUGUUUAAUGUUGCUGCCACGGUGAGAUUCGACGAAAAACUUAAACAAGCCGUGGCAAUUAACGUCAGUGGCACCAAGGAACUUCUGGAGCUAUGCAAAAGUAUGGAAAAAUUGAAGGCCGUUGUUCACGUGUCCACGGCAUACAGCAACUGCAAUCGCAGAGACAUCGAUGAGAAAUUUUACGAACCGCCGAUAACAGGGGAUAACGCCAUAAAGUUGGUGCAAAGUUUGAACGACGACAAACUGGACGCCAUUACUCCGAUUCUUCUUGGAGAUUUUCCGAACACUUAUACCUUCACAAAAGUAAUUGCAGAACAAGUGGUGCAGCAGUAUGGAAAGGAAUUGCCCGUCGGAAUUUUCAGGCCUUCGAUAGUUCUCUCCUCUUAUUUGGAGCCUGUUGAGGGAUGGAUUGACAAUAUUUACGGGCCAACGGGUGUAUUAGUCGCCUCUGGUACUGGAUUAAUAAGAGCGUGGAAAAUGGACGAUAAUUGCACUGCGGAGUUGGUUCCUGUGGAUCUCACCGUAAAUGCCCUAAUUGCCUGUGCUUGGGACAUCGCACACAGCAAAAACGAGGACGCCAAUCCACCUAUCUACAAUUACGUCGCCGCUUGGAACAAAAGUCUUACCUGGGGCAAAUACGUGCAAUUAGCCUUCGAAACUGGGAAACACGUUCCCAGUAUGAGAAGUGUAUGGUGUUACAGUGUGACCACGACGAAAAGUAAUUUUCUCUUCUUCAUCCUGUCUUUUUUUCUUCACACCUUGCCAGCGUUCAUAAUCGAUCUAGGACUGUUUAUCGCUGGACAGAAGCCAAGGCUGAUGAAAAUCUACAGGAAGAUUAGCAAAUACUCCUCGAUUCUAGUUUACUUCAGUACGAACGAAUGGACAUUUGGUAUUAACAAUACUAGAACACUAUGGAACAAGCUGAGUAAGGAGGAUAAAAAGAUUUUUUACUUCUCCAUGGAGGACUUCGACUGGGAAGAUUACAUGAAGAAGUGCAUCGAUGGGAUAAGGAUAUACAUUUUCAAAGACGAUCCCAGCACGAUUCCUGCGGCUAGAAAGCGAAUGGCCAAGAUCCUUAUACUGCACAAGCUCAUCAAGCUUGCGGCCGUUGCUCUUGGAUGCUGGCUCCUGUAUCUCAUGAUAUCCUUAAUUUUCUCCUUCGCGUCCUUUCAAGGAUUCAUGUCGCUAGACGAAAAUCUAAUUGUGCGGUAAGACCGUAUCAAUGGUAAUUCGGUGGCAAAAUAUACGUAAAAGUACCAAGGCGGAAUGCGAGCAUCUCGUUAUACUAUUCAUAGUGCCGGAUGGAAUCUAUCCGAAGCGACCUUGCGUCAACGAAUGAUAAUUGCAAUAAUUACCAUGUAAGAGAGACUGCUCGUCCUACGGCUGGAAAUUGGAAACCCUUGGUAAUGGCGACUUACUAAUGGCACGGUACAGUACAGUACCUGCAAGGUACUAUAUACGAGGCUUGGAGAUGUACAAAAUGCAACUAUUACAUUUAUCCAUAAUAUGUACGUAGGUACAUCUCAACAAGUCCUUAGGGUAUUAUAUUAAAAUGUGACUCGUAUUUUUAGGAUUGUAUAAUUUUUUAAUAAAAUUACGAGCUUAUCGUGUAAGGAAUA